UCUCCUUUAAAUGCAGUUUCAUUUCAGAUCAGUUUGAACCCUCCUUCUUGGCUACAUCGUGACGUCAAUAGCAGCUUCUUGCAUAUUGUUCUCUUUGCAAAGCAGCAGCCUGAGAGCCGCGUAUUCAUCGGAGUGACUUUUUCAGUUAAGAAACAUUAGCUGCCGCCUCUACAGGAACACAUUUUGCACCCUCAGAUUCGCUUUGCCUUUUCGCAGAGUGAAAUUGUUCACAGCUGGCGGGGAGACGAUUUCUUCUGAGUUGAUAUCAUCAUCUGAGGGAGGUUGAGUGCCAGCAGCUGGAAUUGAAACCAGGAAGAUCAAAGCAACAAUCUUACUGCCUAGCUGAAGGAACAGUUCUGCUGAGCCAGAUUACCAGAGUCGCACAGUUUUUAAUUAGCACCCCUGUGAGCAGCUGAAGCAGUUAAAAUCCAGAAGUCAAGAUGGGGAAGCAGAACAGCAAGCUCCGCCCAGAAAUGAUGCAGGAUUUAUUGGAAAGCACGGACUUCACAGAGCAUGAAAUCCAGGAGUGGUACAAAGGCUUUCUUAGGGAUUGCCCCAGUGGCAACUUAUCAAUGGAAGAGUUUAAGAAAAUUUACGGGAACUUCUUCCCUUACGGUGAUGCUUCCAAAUUUGCGGAGCACGUUUUCCGCACCUUUGAUGCUAAUGGAGAUGGAACAAUCGAUUUCAGGGAGUUCAUCAUCGCUCUCAGUGUGACUUCAAGGGGAAAGCUGGAACAGAAGCUGAAGUGGGCCUUCAGUAUGUACGACCUGGAUGGAAACGGCUACAUCAGCAAGUCAGAAAUGCUGGAGAUAGUUCAGGCAAUUUACAAGAUGGUAUCCUCGGUAAUGAAAAUGCCAGAAGAUGAAUCGACUCCCGAGAAAAGAACAGAGAAGAUUUUUAGGCAGAUGGACACCAAUCGAGAUGGUAAGCUGUCGUUGGAAGAGUUUAUCAGAGGAGCCAAGAGUGACCCCUCCAUAGUCCGUCUGCUCCAGUGUGACCCCAGCAGUGCAGGCCAAUUCUAAACCCAAGGAAAUAAUGGACUGUAUUCAAUUUUUUUUCUUUUUUUUUUUUUUUUUUUUUUUUUUUGCCAAACUUCAUCAGGAAUGGCGACGUCGCCUCUGUACGGCUUACUAUGCCUUUCUCUUGUGGCAUUUCUCAGCUGUUCUAAUGCUCUGGAACAAAUUUAACAACAGUUGUUUUAUUUCUAUACAUGGUGAUUCAAAAACAACACCAAACCAAUUCUGUGUGACUGAAGAAUACUGUUAGGUUACUUUGGUUUGUACAGGAGAAGUUUUGUUGAUAAUGACCUGUUCUGUCAGAGAAAAAAAAAAAACAACAUAUGUACACCAUGGGUAAGACAAGAAGGUACAUACCAUUCCUGGGCACAUUUUAUAUGUAUCCCUGUAAUACGCAUGCAUGGACAGAUUUUGUGAAAGCGAUGUCUCAAAGAGGCUGGAUAAGCACUCAACUCAAUAGAAAAAUUAAAAUUAAAAAAUCAGCUGGGAACCUAGGCUAAAUAACCCUGAAGGUUUGCAGAAGUUAGAUGAAACUCUGUGCACAGCGGAUUACAGACUGUCAGGAGCUGUAUGAAAAGUUUUUUUUUUUUUUUUUUUUUUUACCUGGCUUUUCCAGUAAAAUGUGUUUUGUAAUGUAGCUUGUGUAAGCAGUGUAGCUUUAGCCAAGGUAUUACUUUUGAAUAGUUAAUUUUGUCUUUGUGGAUGAUAUGCUUAAUGUGUUUAGGUAGCUUUUUUUUUAUGGCUAGUGCAAUUUUGAUACUGUAGCCAGUGUGGCUACACUGAAGUAAGAAUAUAACCGCGUUACAGUUUUCAGGAUUUUCUUUCUUUUUUUUUUAAUUUUUUUUUUUUUAUUGGACUGCCACACAGCAGCUGUCAAAGUGCCGACUGUUGGAGCGACAGUUUUACAUGUUGCUGAUCUUUGAGAUCUUCGGCGAAAGAUAAAGUUCAUUUUAAGCUGUAUGGUUAGAUCCAAAACUUAAAAACAAAACUUCAAAUGGUGGGCAUUCUGAUAAGGCUGCAGUCAGGCUCAAUAAUAUCAUUGUUUCUAGUUAAGAACACUUAAAAGAAGGACAUUGUUAGUGGCUCAUUUGAUUUGGGUUACCAGAUUGAUGUGCACCUAGUAGGGCCCUCUGCUGGAAAUGAAUGGGAGGACAUUUUAAACAGAAUUCCUUACCUGCCCCUUUUCAUGCUAUGCCGGGUUGUUUAUUGGAAGUGGCUUGUUAGCGUCGAAGAAGGUGGUUCAGUGCACUCUUUCGAUGAGCCUUUUGCCGCAUGACAAACUGAUUCCCAGUGCUUUCAAUUGAAGCACACAAUAAUGCUAUCUAAAUGCUUAAAUUGUUGCUAUUCUGUAACAUGAUUAUGUAUUCCAGGCAAUGGGAACUGAAUGUGCUAUUGAAAAUAGGAAGAAUAUAAGCCCAAGAACAUGUAUUGAUCGCUUUUCAACUCUGGUCUGAGUAGGCAAGGAUAAGUCUUGAGCCUUCAACAAUGCAAUUGAUGUGAGGGAAGCUGAGGCCCAGUUUCAAACGCCACAGCCAUGUUGCAGUCACAAAACUCGUUUCUAUCAAGCUGAUUGAAAGACACCUGUUCUGUAGUCUCAGUCACUGUAAAUUCAUAAUUUGACAGCCCACUGCUGUAACAUCAUGACGGCUGACCGAGACUUCUGUUUAAAUUACUGGCCUUCACCACUACCAUUACCGUUAUUUUCCCAACUACAAAUUAUGAUGUAAUUUAGGGGCAUAAAGUAAACUGCUGAUUUCAUGACGAGAAACGAACGAGACCAGAAGGGAGAGCAGGUGUACGAGACAGAUUAGGGUAACUAUACUCAACAAAAAAAGUUUAGCAUAAGUGGUUAUUGAUGCAAUAACUUAAAUUAUGUUGAAUGUACUGUAAAUGGUAAAAGGUUUUACACAGGCUUUAUUCAGGGUUCUCCCCAGGAAUUCUCUACCGCCGAGCGGCAAAAUAUUAUAGCCGGGAGCACUUUUAACUGAAAAAUAAACUUGCCUUACUUAAAUAUGUAAUACGGCAAAGAAUUUGAAGAAUGUGUUGUGUUUUGUUGACUGUAUCUGCUUGCGCAUGACUGUUUUUUAUUAUGGUAAAUGACCGUGCUCAUUUAGGCACUGUAUCACUUGAAAAAGAUAACGCAGGUUUAUUGGAGUUCACAAAAAAGAAAAAAAAAAAACUUUUCACAACAUUUUUAUCUUUAUUAUUCUGCUUACUGUUUCAUUUAAAUUGUUUUCUUUAUGUUAAGUUUUCAGGGCAUUUUGUUAAUGCAUGUCUAUUUUGGU